AUGAUUUUUCUUUCUAUUAUAUUAUGUCUUUCUUUAUUUCCAAAUAUUAUAUAUACAGCUAUACCAUUUAUUCUAAAUCCUGAUUGUGAUCUACUUGAAUGUGAACAUUCUAAUUAUUCAGCAUUAUAUUAUGCAAAUCAUGUUGUUGAUGAAGAUAAAAUUCAUAUAAUUUAUUCAACAUUUGAUGAAUUAACAAUUACUAUUUUUAAAACCGGUAAAAGUUAUUCUCCGAUAUUUAAUUACACUGCAUUAUUUUCACGGAAUUAUACUGGUGCUAUUCAAUUUAUCGAUACAACGCCAACUAAUUCAUUUUCAUUAGUUCUUCGACGUUUAAUGGAAUUUGAUGAUGAACCUAAAAUGGCUGAUUUGACUAAAUGUGAAAAUACAACAAUAUCUUAUUUUUUGCAUAAUAUAACAGCCACUAACAUGACCAUUCUUAAUAAUAAUACAAAUCAGCCAACAUUUCAAUUACCAUUACCAAUGUUAAACGGUUCAUUAAGUAUUGACAUAAUGUAUCCUGGUGAAAUAAUGCGUGACUCAAAAUCUCCAAAAUUAAGAGCAACAUCAAAAAGUUAUUUUCUUAAUAUUGCGUUACAAGCCAAUAAUUUUUCAUCACCAAAUACACGUUUUGCUUUUGAAUUAUAUUUAAUCGCACCUGGUCCUCAUGGUUUACGAGCAUCGUCAUCAAGAUAUAUUGAUGAUCAUUUUACACCAGGUAUUUUUAAUGUUUUUCAAACGAAAACAAUUGAUACAAUCUAUCCAGCUUCUUUGUUAUGGAAACCGGUUGUAUAUCAAAGUGAAGAUAGAACAGUUGAACAAAAUACAUUAAUGCAUAUAUAUGAUCUAAAAAAUAAUGUUACAAUUGAUCGAAAUAUUGAUCAAGGUAUAUUUUAUUCAUUUCUUGCUUAUCCAAGUGUAUCAGCAUUUAAUAUUUCACUUGGUGAAGUAAAUGAUGGUUUUUUUGCUAAAACAAAUUAUACAUUUAUUCAAUUUACAGCUGGUAUUGAAUAUCUUGAGACUGAUUCAACAAAAGUUUUUGUUACAGUUGCAUUGAUUGCUAGUCUUGCUUUACCAGGUUUAGUUGCAAUUAUUGCAUUAAUAUUUAUUUUAAAACGACGAUUUACACGACAAUCGUCAAGUAGUUAUGAUGCUAUUGAUGAUUAA